AUAGUGCAGUGCAUUGCAUUGCAUUGCACGCUGACAUUGCGCAGCUCAGUGGCGGCUGAGUUACCGAGAGCCGUGCAAUGGCCGAGAUGCUGCCCGCCGUCCCCUUGCGCCUCGACGGGAAGGUUGCACUUGUAACAGGGGCCGGAGGAGGUUUGGGAAGAGCCUAUGCAUUAUUAUUUGCAGAAAGAGGAGCUUCUGUUGUUGUAAAUGACCUAGGCGGUGACAUCAAAGGAGAAGGCAAAAGCUCAUCUGCUGCAGAUAGAGUGGUGGAAGAGAUAAGGGCAAAAGGAGGCAAUGCUGUGGCCAGCUAUGAUUCUGUUGAAGAAGGGGAAAAAAUUGUUCAGACUGCCUUGGAUACCUAUGGAAGGAUAGAUAUUGUUGUUAACAAUGCUGGGAUUUUAAGAGAUCGUUCUUUUGCAAGAACAAGUGAUUUGGAUUGGGAUUUAAUUCAGAGAGUUCAUUUGAGGGGCUCAUUCAAAGUCACAAGAGCAGCGUGGAACCACAUGAAAAAUCAAAAUUAUGGCAGAAUUAUUAUGACUGCAUCUACAUCUGGAAUAUAUGGCAACUUUGGGCAGGCAAAUUACAGUGCUGCAAAACUUGGACUACUGGGACUUUCAAAUACUUUAGCUAUCGAAGGUCAAAAAUACAACAUCCAAUGUAAUACUAUUGCUCCAACAGCUGGAUCCAGAUUGACCGAAACUGUUCUGCCUCAAGAAUUAGUGGAUGCUUUGAAGCCUGAGUUUAUAGCACCCUUGGUGGUUUGGUUGUGCCACGAAAGUUGCCAAGAGAAUGGCAGCUUAUUUGAGGUGGGGGCUGGCUGGAUUGGAAAACUGCGUUGGGAGCGAACGUUGGGAGCUAUUGUAAGACAGAACAAUCAACAAAUGACACCUGAAGCCGUGCGUGACAACUGGAAACAGAUCUGUGACUUUGAUAAUGCAACCAAGCCCGAAAGUGGCAGAGAUUCAAUUAUGACUCUCCAUGAGGUACUGAACAAGCUGGGCACGAAACAAGGAAUCUCCACAAAUCCAACCAGUGGCUCACUACAAACUAGCACUUCAGGCACCAAUCUAAUUGAGGCAAUAGGUAAAAGAUUGUCUGCACCUGAAUAUGCCUACACCAAUCUACAGCCCAUUCUCUACGCUCUUGGAGUUGGCAUGACAACAAAAGAUCCAGAUCACUUGAAGUUUCUUUUUGAAAGAAAUGAAGAGUUCUCAUGUUUGCCUUCUUUUGGGGUAAUUCCUGCCCAAGCUGGCAUGUUUGGUAGUCUUGCAUCUGUUCCUGGACUGAACAUUGACUUCACAAAGUUGCUACAUGGUGAACAAUAUCUGGAACUGUACAAACCACUGCCUACUUCAGGGACACUGAAAUCAGAGUGCAUCAUUGCAGAUAUUCUUGAUAAAGGAUCUGGUGCUGUCCUACUUCUAGAUGUUCAUACUUACAAUGAGAGCGACCUGGUCUGCUUUAACCAGUUCUCUUUAUUUGUUGUUGGAGCUGGAGGCUUUGGCGGAAAAAGGACGUCUGAUAAAGUUAAGGUUACUGUGAAUCCUCCCAGUAGACCCCCUGAUGCCACAAUGACUGAUGUAACUAGUACAAACCAGGCUGCUUUAUAUCGACUGAAUGGAGACUGGAACCCUUUGCACAUUGAUCCAACUUUUGCAGCUUUUGGAGGGUUCACAAAACCUAUUCUGCAUGGAUUGUGUACCAUGGGGUUUGCUGCACGGCAUGUCUUAAAGCAGUAUGCAAAUAACGAUGUGACAAAAUUCAAAUCGAUCAAGGUUCGUUUUGCGAAACCAGUCAUUCCGGGACAAACGUUAGAAACUGAAAUGUGGAAAGAAGGAAACCGAAUUCAUCUUCGGGCAAAGGUAAAGGAAAACAAUGAGGUUGUGCUUACAGGAGCAUAUGUUGAUCUGGUGGACACAGUACAUAAGCCCAGAGAUGAUGGUACCAGCAUGAGAGAACUGCAAAGUGACCUUGUGUUUGCUGAAAUAAGUCGCCGCAUUCAAGAUGUUGGCAGAGAGAUGGUAAAAAAAGUGAAUGCAAUCUUCCAAUGGGAUAUCACUCAGGAAGGGAAGAUAGCAACACAGUGGACUAUCGAUCUGAAGAAUGAUUCUGGAGAGUUGUACAGGGGAGCUGCACGCCAUCAGGCUGACACUACCUUCAUGUUGUCAGAUGAAGAUUUCAUGCAACUAGUAUCAGGAAAACUUAAUCCUCAAAAGGCUUUCUUUUCAGGCAAGCUGCAUAUUAAAGGGAACAUCAUGCACAGCCAGAAGCUUGAAAUGAUCCUUAAAGAUUAUGCAAAGCUAUAAGAAAACUUUGAUUUCUGAGUAUGUGAAUCUGUCUUUCAGAAGCAGCUGCGGGCUUUUGAACAAUGUACAGUAAUAAAACUUCCUAGCAAUGAUAUUAUGUUCCCUUUUUCUUGCAUAGCUAUCAGCAAAAUCAACUGGCUUUAUUUCAAAUGGUAAAUUUGACCAAAUUACUCUCUGGCUAAGAACUUUCUGCUUUCAUCUCAUUUCUGUUUGCUUUAUUUUGAAGAAUUUCAGAUAGUAGCAGGACGGUGUUUAUUUUUAAAACAACAGGAGAAAUAACUCCCCAUUCUGUCUGUACUAUGUGUAAUGGCCUUGAUGUUCUUAAUCUUUGCAUUGCUUGCAUUGUUCAGAACAGGAGCUAUUCAGUUCUCUGUACUUCAACCAUUAACCAUUCUUUGUAAAACAUCCCGAUUUUAGAGGAAUGGAAAUGUUGCAAGAACAUGCGUUAGGUUCUAGCUUCAGGUAGAUGCUGGGUUUUAAACUGUCAGAGGAAGCAGUUUUUGGUUCAAUAAUUCUAAUUAUACUCUGGGAUAUUUUCUUAAUUUGACAAGAUAACUUGCUGCUAUUGGCAUGUCUACCCUUGUUUCAUUUUAGCAGUUUUAAUUCUAAUGAACCAACUCUUGUAAAAUGUAUGAAAUAAAUUGGGAAUUAUGUUAA